CCCAGUGUGUCAGCUUUGGGUCUCACUACUAGCAGUAUCUCACGUGCCGAUCUUAUCUUCUUUUCUCUCUUAAACAAUGACUGUUUAAACAACCAGCGCUCUCUUCUCCCCUGUCAUGAUCCUCUCCCCUUCAAUUCUCCAUCUUCAACACAGGUAAAUGGAAACUUCCAAGGAGCAAGUCGGUUCAUCUUCUUCGUUAACUGAAGAUCUCUCAGCUUCAAAGGAUUCAUCCCAGCCGUCAAGCUCUCCCGAGAUUUUCACCUUACUCUUCCCUCCUCCGCCCGCUGUGGGGAAGAAAACUCCAUCUUCAGACCUGAUUGAGUCCCUUGACAAGCAGAUAUAUGAAAGUCAAUGUCAAACAUGGAAGAAAAAGAUUUCGGAUGGUGUGGCUAACAGCGGGGAAUGGGGCACGAUAUUCCAGGACAGACCAGACGCUUCCCCAUUGAGUUCAUCACUGUACUAUGGAGCUCAAGAGGACAUGUAUAUCAAGUCAACAGGUGCACAAUCAUGUUCUAAGUAUGAUAAGGAAUAUGACCCCAACGAAAAAAGCUCACAGAGUGUCCCAGGAGCAAACUGGUGGGAUGGGUCAGUUUAUUACUGAGGUCUCACUGUGACCUGCCUAAAACUAUAUAUAUAGAAGAUGGGGGCUUCUAUGUGAUAGGACUCAAGAGUCAUGUGUCUAGAAUUGUAUGUUAUAAAACUUGAAAGUAAUAAUUUUCAAAAAAAAAAAAAGAGCCUCUGCUAUUUAUAAUGCAGGGGUAAAGUUGGUACAACUUAACUCCCAGACCCUAACAAUGUUGGUAUGAGAUAUUACUGAGUUGUCAUUGUUGUUGUUUGGGAUGGUUUUUAAUUUCCUUCUCGAGUGCCGUAGCACACCUCUUCGGCCUUAGCGUUAGCGUUUUGAAAAGGCUAUCUGACGGUAGACUUUAGGGUUAGCGUUUUUUGAAUUAAUCUACACCGUUAAU